AUGCUGACACGGUCUCCUGAGAAGACGGACCUGACACGGUCAGUCCUCUUUCAGAUUCCCGAUGAGAUGAAGCUCAGCCCGCUGCCUCCGCUAGCUGGUGAUGUCCGGGUUCCAUGGGAGACGAUGCAGGCAAAUCUCUUGGAGAUCGUCAAGAAGCUCAACUUCUCCGUUGUCUACAAGCUCCUGAGGGCAUCAGAUGACCAGAAAGAUGUGGGCAAGCUCAAAGACGCAAUGGCAACACUUUGCUCGGCCUCCCGAAUGUGCAGGCAACGGAAGGAUCCGUUGGAAGUGGCAGAGAAGCUUGAAAGCUGCUGCAAAAAGUUUCAGGAGCUAGAGCUAGACAAUUGUCUGUUCAUCGAGAGGGUUGCAGGCCAAAACCAUUUCAUCAGGAGAGUGCCAGAUCAAAUUGGACGGGUUCUCGCUGAGAUGAUUGAGAGACUGCAUUUGGCCGCUGUUUGGGGCUUGGUCCUUGGACACUCCGAGGAACUAAGGCCAGAGGACGACAAGCAGGGAAUCGAUCUCCGCGAGCGUGUUGCUGCUUUCCGCUUGCAGCUGCGUGCUGCGUUUCCUGGUGUGACUCUGCGUGGCACAGGCCUGAAUGUAUGCAAAUGCUUGGACUCUGCUGAACCACAGGCCACGAACAAGGGACCGGGGUGGGCAAGUCUGUCGAUCGCGCAAGAUCGCGCACACUUGCAGCACGUUCGCAGUGCCUUCUUGGCGAGGUGGUCGCUGCGCCUCCUCCGCGAUGCCCGCGACGGCCCCGCCUUGGCCGCGGCUGCGGCCGCCUGUGGCAGGCACGUCGCGAUGAUUCAGAGCGUUGGUGCAUAUCGUACACGUCGUGAUGCGUCGUGCACGUGCCCGGGCUCCGUGGAUUCGGAGCUGAGGACAGUGUGGGAGUUCAUGCAGGGGUGCAAUGGCCAGGCCGUGCUGGGCGCUUUGGCAGAGGCCAAGAAGUGGGAGAAGGCAAUAUCUCUACUGAGGUACCAGGACGUCCCAGAUCUGGCUGUUUGCAAUGCAGCUCUGCGAGCAUGCCCAGACUGGCCGCGAUCGCUUGCUAUGCUUGGCGGCAUUCGGCAUGCUGGUCUCCAUCCCGAUGAAUUCACCUUUGCAUCGGCGCUGGCUGCCGCUGGAAAUUCCAGCGCUUGGGAGGUUGCCUUGGCGCUGAGAUGCGAGAUGCUGUUGGACUCUGUCAGUGCUGAUGCUGUUAUUGGGGGCGCCCUGCUGCUGGCAUUACGCCGAGGUCUUCGUUGGCAGGAAGCACUGGCACUCAAUCCUCAGGGCGCCCUGGAGGUGGUCGACGCGGCGGAGACGUGUUUCGCAGCACAGCAUCUCACAGCCUUGCUUCCCCACGUCCGCCAGAGGCAGCCUGGUUUCUGGCAUUCCCGCAGCCUGCUCAGCGGCCGCAGCGCAGGUUUGGGCGAGGCGGCCGUCCUCCAGGAGCUGCUCCGCUCCCACGGUUUUGCCCAGGCCUUCCGGCGUGCAGCGGCCCGUCCAGCGGAGCUUGGAGUGUUCACACCCUUGGCUGCCAAGGCCUGGGAUGGUGACGGGAAGAUGCGUAGGCGUAGACUUUCUUGUGACAGCUCGUCACGGCAGGACGCCGCCGAGCUGGGCCAUUAUGGUGCAGGCCCGAAACCUUCCUCAGCUGUCCGACUUCACAGUCCUUCAAAGAUAUUUGAAGGUGACACUUGUGCUCGCUGUGCUCGAGUGGGGGAGCCGUGUAACCUCUUUGGCAUCGACGGCCUCGUUCCCAGGGCAAGGAGAGCCAGACUGCGCUGCGCAGAUCUGCGCCUGCAGCACCAUUGCACCAUGCAGUGCACCAUGCAGUGCACCAUGCAGUGCACCAUGCAGUGCACCAUGCAGUGCACCACGCAGUGCACCACGCAGUGCACCACGCAGUGCUACGUUUUGGCGUCACCAGCGCUCUUCGAAGACCUUGGCCGUGUGGCUGUCGUUCCGAUUGUCCCUCCGCAGCGGUGA